AAGCUGAAAGAAUAAGUUCACAUAAUACAUUAGAAAAGAUUCAUUUUCCGUACUCGUUACAACAAAUCAUCAGAUGAAAACGACAAGAGAUAUUUAAUCGCACACUUAAAAGUCUAUUGAACAGAAAAGACAUUUAAUCACACUUAAAAGUAGUCACACUUAAAAUUCUAUUGCCAAGAAAAGACAUUUAGUCACACUUAAAAGUCGUCAAAAAACCGAAGAGUUUAUCCCAUGUGAGUAUGUCCGGAAGCAGCGGUGAAACUGAACUUUUGAUUGCGAGAUCGAGCGAUGAACAGCGAAGCGACAGGGCCAGUAAAAGCAAGUUGGACCACCCCCACCCUCACCCGCCCCCGAUGACCAAAGAGGGGGACCAUUGCCACACGGACCUGAAUGUGAGUAAGACCAAGUCGAAUGCAGUGAGGAACAAGCUGAUGCUCGCUAGUUCUCUGGUGCUGGUGUUUAUGGUGUGCGAGCUUGUGGGGGGUUUCUUGGCAAACAGUCUGGCCAUCAUGACAGACGCCUUCCAUCUGCUGUCUGACUUCGCUGGCUUCUGCAUCAGUCUAUUUGCCAUCUGGUUCGCCAGCCGACCUGCCACUAAAAACAUGUCUUUUGGAUACUACCGCGCAGAAGUGCUGUGUGCGGUGAUGAGUAUGUUGUUGAUUCAAGUCCUCACAGGCGUGCUUGUUUACAUGGCCGUUUUGAGAGUGAUCAACAGAGACUACGAAAUAGACGCAGAUGUCAUGCUGGUAACAGCCGGUUGUGGGCUGGCUGUUAACAUAGUGCUCGGAGUGGUUCUUUACCAGGCGGACAUACCACAUGACCACGGGGGUUUCGGACAUAGCAGUCAUGGGCACAGCCAUAGUCUCAGUCAUAAC